CGAACAAUGUCUACAAGUGAUUGUGUACGAAUCGUAAAUCAAAUCGACCAAUGAAUUAACAUAAUGUCUAUAUAAAAUCUCGAUAUUUUCGAUACUACUUGGCAUAAUAGAGAUUCCUCCAUCGAACCAAUAUGAAUAAAUUGUUCGGUUUAUACCUAAUUCUCUUUCUCCUUCGUUUAGCAUCAUCGUAUAAAUUCACAGGGGAAGCAAAGUUCCGAGAGACCUGUAACAAUAAUAGCACAGAGGAUGUUUGCAACAGAAAUUUGUUAGGGCCAAUAAUAUGUGGCUCUGAUGGAAAAUCAUAUCCAGGCCCAUCUAUGAUACGUUGCUUGAACAAGUGUCUACCCAAGGAAGAAAAAGUCAAACUGCAACGUCUAGGUUUCUGUGAGCCUGAGUAUCAAGAAGAAUACCUGAAACCAAUCAAGAUGGCUGCGGAACAGUUUAAAAAAAUUAAAAAUUAGGUUAUUUUAUAUGACAAUUAAGGAUACCUGAUGGCAUGAUGUUAUAUUUAAGUUCAAUAAAUUGACAACUUAUAUCAUA